AUGAAAAACCUACUCGAAGUAGGGUUCAAUGUUGUGGGCUUCGACAAACAUGCGUAUGUUGGGGGUUUGUGGAAUUUCAAUGAGCAAAAGGAUGCGAUUUCUGUCCUACACAGCACGGUUGCAAAUGGAUCAAAGCACAGGGGGUGUUUUACAGAUUUCCCGUUUCCUGAUGAGACACCAGACUUUCCACCAGCGGCAGAUAUGCAUCGCUAUCUAGUCUCGUAUGCGAAACAUUUUGGUAUUCUGCCUCGGGCGCAGUUGAACACAGUUGUGCAUCGUGCAGAAUGGAAUCCCGAUACUGGUCUCUGGGACAUUGAGACGACCACUGAUGGAGAACCGAGUAUAGUUCGCUCUUUUGAUAAGGUUGUCUACUCAAUGGGUCCGGAUCAGAUUCCCAAUAUUCCCUCUAUUCCAGGUUUUGACCUAUUUGAGGGCGAGGCAGUACACUCCAUUGCUUUUAAAAGACCGGAAGAGUGGGCCGGUAAACGAGUGCUGGUUGUGGGUUUUGGAAACACUGCCGCGGACGUGGCGUGUGAACUGGCGGGAACAGCAGAGAAGGUCUAUCUGUCUCAUCGAAAUGGCAGCAUUGUGGUAGGUCAAAGUGAAAUUACUGUUCAUAUUUUCGGGUUCCUUGGAACGGCAACUGAUCAUAAACCACAGCUUCCGCGAUGGGUCGACAACAAGCCCGUCGACCACAUCCGAACCUAUCGGAAGGGUGUUUUCCUCGAUCAGCUAUCUCGUUACGCACCAGGUAUCUGGACCAAACUCAUGAAUAAGGUCAUCCUUGGUCUGCGGGACAAGCUCUACGAUCUCAAGCCCGAAUGGGGAUUCGACCCAGCGCCGUCGGUGAACCAGGCGCGUCCCAUCAUCAGCGAUUACUUGGUCGACCUUCUUUCCCGAGAGCAGAUUAACUCCAAGCCACCCAUUCAACAGAUUACCAGUGCCCAGCAAGUUGAGUUUACUGAUGGGACGACUGCUGAUGUGGAUGCAAUUAUCUGGUGCACCGGAUACACGGUCGACUACUCGAUCCUAGGCAAAAGUGAUCCUACCAUCUACCAGGAGUCCAGAAUUCGGAGUGCAAAUGGGCGGAAGAUUCCGAGACUAUAUCAGAAUCUUCUCUCUCUUGAGCACCCGGAGUCAUUGGCAUUCAUGGGAAAUCUCUCAUUCAUGAACCCGGCCUUCCUUAUGUUCGAUCUAGCCACAAUGGCCUUAGGUCAGGUUUGGUCAGGGCGUUCGCCUCUUCCACCGCAGGAGGAGAUGAUCAAGGCAGUUGAUAAGCAACAUCAGUGGAUUGCUGAACUCGCUGCUAAAGGUGCUGUCACGCCGGGUCUCGUUAAGGGAGCAGACUGGCUUGAUUGGGUUGAGGAGACUGCGGGACUCGGCAUGAAGGAGAAUCUCGGAUAUGGAAUGCAAGGAUGGUGGUUCUGGAUGUCGAACCGCUCACUCUGUAAGGUACUUAUGGAUGGCCUGCUUUUACCGUUCCAUUAUCGGCUGUUUGACGGCAAACGAAAGAAAUGGGACGGGGCUGAAGAAGCCAUUCUGAAGGUCAACGAAGAGUUGCGCGUCAAGAAUGAGACCAAGAAGUGGCAAUAG